GCGAAGAUGGCGGCGGGGGAGGUGAAGUCGGUGCUCUUCGUGUGCCUGGGAAACAUUUGUCGGUCUCCAAUAGCUGAAGCAGUUUUUAGAAAACUUGUAACUGAUGAAAAACUUGAAAAUAAGUGGAGGAUAGACAGUGCAGCGACAUCUACCUAUGAAAUAGGAAGCCCUCCUGACUAUCGAGGACAGACUUGCAUGAAGAAGCAUGGCAUUACCAUGAAUCAUAUUGCCAGGCAGGUUACUAAAGAUGAUUUCCAGACCUUUGAUUAUAUACUAUGUAUGGAUGAGAGCAAUCUAAGAGAUCUGAAAAGGAAAAGCAACCAAGUUAAAGAUUGCAAGGCCAAAAUUGAACUACUUGGAACUUAUGAUCCACAGAAACAACUUAUCAUUGAAGAUCCGUACUAUGGGAAUGAAAAGGACUUUGAAACUGUUUACGAGCAGUGUGUUAGAUGCUGUAAAGCGUUUUUGGAGAAGUCUCAUUAAUGCUUCAUCAUUUUAUUUCUAAAAGAAAAUAAUUAGCAUCUCCUGAAAUACGUAAAGUUUACUUGAUUGAUGUAUUUAAAUUGUAAAAUUAUGCCUCAGUAGGUUCAAAACUUUUUCAAUUUAAUUUUAUAUUUUAGCUUUUCUGUCAUCUAAUUAAAAAAUAUGGAGACGUUUCAAUUGGAUUAGAUGAUCAACCAUUUUGCCACACAUCAAUGUAACAAUAAAGUGUAUCAUUCAGAAUAAAUUUAUCUGUAAACUCUU